AUGGAGGAUACCUUUGAUCGAGCCAUCCGAGACAAUCAUCCGGACACCUUGGCUCCUGCCCGAAAUGACGAGUUGGACAUGUUAGGAAUCAACGUUAAUCCAAGCUUUCAGGAAAUCCGAGUGAAGCUCAUGAGAGACUUUGGGUGUGUCUCAAUCGGAGGCCGUGAGUGCAUGGGGAUGAUUAAUCCGGAAAAUAGCAAUGAGGCGGUGCACUUGUCCCAUGCAAUGAUGGACACUUGGGCAAACGACAUUUUCAAAAAAAAACCCGGAGUUACAGUCAUGAAGCCUCCAACCCGCCGACCUGGAUUCCAAUUUCUACCUAUUUCCAACCAACCUUGCCAGCCUCCGAAAUACACUGCCGAUAGUGUUGCAUCGACCUCACAAAUCCCUCAACACUAUUCCGAGUCGCCACCACCAUAUCCUCUUCCGGAUUUUGAAGAUUAUCUCCGGUUCGCCAAGGUUGGACCCGAGGAUCAUGUGACCCGAGAGCUUCUUGAUCGACACAACAUUGUUGAAUUCGAAUCCUUCUUCUCUCCUGCGUUGGAUAUUCCAACCCUUGAGAGGUUGGGAUUCCCUUAUGGAGCGGCGGUGCGUUUACACGACAAAGCCCCACUGUAUCGAACUGAGCUGAAGAAGCGUAAGAAUCCAACGUUUUGGAGUUGA